AUGGCUUCUCCUUCGAACUACCGCAAGAACGAGCCCGCCGUCAUCGUCGGAGCUGGUAUUUUCGAUCUUUCAACUGCCCUGGAGCUCACCCGGCGUGGUUUUUCGAACAUCACGGUGUUGGGCCGAUACCAAGCUCCCGUUCCGGAUGGAAGUAGUGUCGAUAUAUCCAGGAUCAUUCGCGUGAAGUAUGGCGACGAGCUUUAUGCCAAAAUGGCCCGCGAAGCACUCGCUGAGUGGAACACGACGUACAAGAGCCAUUUCUACCCUGCUGGCUUUGCCAUGCUGGCGGACAAGAACGGUAACAUGUCUUAUUUCAACAAGACGCAGGAAAUGAACGAUAAGUUUGGCAAUACAAAAGCUCAACUGACCGCUGCCACUGGGCUCAAGGCCAUGUACCGGAAUUUCCCCGCCAAUUUGGAUGGGGUUCUCGCAUACAUUAAUCCUGAUGACGGGUGGGCGGACGCCGAAGCAGCCGUUGGCCAACUGGCCCAGGAGUGGCUGUUCGUCUUCCCCCCGUACCCUGGUAACCGGCCUGGAAAGAACCUACUCAAGGUGGUCCGCCAUGGGUUUGGGUUCGCAUCGAAGUUCCCGGUGGAAGGGGGGCACCGAAUUGUGUCUUCGCCCAAAUUGGACACGAACAAUGCCACUUCGGGCUUCCUCCCAGACGAUGCCUCCGAUGGGCUUCGUGAUGGACUGCGCCAGCUCGUACCCCGAUUUGCAAACCGUCCAUGGUUCACGAAGCGGAUGUGCUGGUACUCUGAUAUUCCUGAGGGCGACUUCAUUGUGGAUCGUCAUCCGCGGAUUGACGGCCUAUUUCUCGCGAUCGGCGGUUCUGGACACUCUUUCAAAUUCAUGCCCAUCCUGGGACGUUACAUCGCGGACGUCUAUGAGAACAAGGCCUCGCCCGAGAUUCGUCGCAAGUGGAGAUUCAGGUUGCCGGAUGGGAUGUCGGAGGGGCCGAAGGCUGGAGAUGGAUGUAGAGGCGGUCCUCCUUUGAGGCAGUUGCGUCCCGAUGAACAAGCUAAACUGUAA